CCGAGAUAGAGAAACUUCUGAUAAAAAUGGUGAACCCGAUUUUGCUGGCUUGUGUAAUCGCCGGAAUUGUCGUCGGAGUAUUUAACGAAGUCGACGGAAUUCAGAUUUUAUCGAAAUCAAAACUCGAAAAGUGUGAGAAAACAUCAGAUUCUUCUGGUAAUCUCAAUUGUUCUACUAAGAUCGUCUUGAAUCUCGCUGUUCCCAGUGGAUCCAGUGGAGGAGAGGCUUCGAUUGUGGCGGAGAUUGUCGAGGUUGAAGAUAAUUCGAGUAGUAAUAUGCAAACCGUACGGAUUCCACCGGUUAUUACAGUGAAUAAAUCCGCAGCAUAUGCUCUUUAUGAUCUUACUUACAUUAGGGAUGUACCUUAUAAACCUCAAGAGUAUCAUGUUACGACUCGAAAGUUGAGAGAUGAGAAGGGUAAUGUUUUGGAGCAGACUCAGCCGAUUUGUUGUCCAUGUGGACCGCAGCGAAGAAUGCCUUCAUCUUGUGGAGAUAUUUUUGAUAAGAUGAUAAAAGGCAAGGCAAAUACUGCGCAUUGCCUUCGUUUUCCAGGUGACUGGUUCCAUGUUUUCAGCAUUGGACAACGGUCACUAGGAUUUAGCGUGCGAGUUGAGUUGAAAACAGGAACUAGAGUUUCAGAAGUGAUCAUUGGUCCUGAAAAUAGGACAGCUACUGCAAAUGAUAAUUUUCUCAAGGUUAAUCUCAUAGGAGACUUUGGUGGUUACACAAGUAUUCCUUCUUUCGAGGACUUUUAUCUUGUAAUCCCAAGAGAGGCGGCUGCAGCGGGACAACCAGGGAGUUUAGGUUUAAACUAUUCAAUGUGGAUGCUGCUUGAGAGAGUGAGAUUUACAUUGGAUGGCUUAGAAUGUAAUAAAAUCGGUGUUGGUUAUGAAGCUUUCAACACCCAACCAAAUUUCUGCUCUUCACCAUAUUGGAGUUGCUUGCAUAAUCAACUAUGGAACUUCCGUGAGAACGCGGGGCCUCACUCGUUCUCCAUUGGAGUCACGGAAACACUCAACACAAAUCUAAUGAUAGAACUAAGAGCUGAUGAUAUUGAAUACGUUUUCCAGAGGAGCCCCGGUAAGAUCAUAAACAUCGCUAUACCGACAUUCGAAGCGCUUACACAAUUCGGAAUUGCUGCAGUCACAAUCAAGAAUACCGGUGAAGUAGAAGCAUCUUAUAGCUUAACCUUCGAUUGCUCCAAAGGCGUGGCUUUUGUUGAGGAGCAAUUCUUCAUUAUAAAACCAAAAGCGGUUACUACUCGAUCUUUUAAGCUAUACCCGACGAAAGAUCAAGCUGCAAAGUAUAUAUGCACAGCUAUACUCAAGGACUCUCAGUUCAGCGAAGUAGACAGAGCCGAGUGUCAAUUUAGUACAACGGCUACCGUACUCGACAAUGGAACUCAGGUUACUAAUCCAUUUCAAAUUCCCGAGACUCAUCCUAAAGGUUUCUUUGAUUCGAUUAGGAUACUAUGGACGAAAAUCAUCAAUGGUUUAGUCGAUUUCAUCACCGGAGAUACUUGCAGAAACAAAUGCUCGAGUUUCUUCGACUUCAGCUGCCACAUUCAAUACGUUUGCUUAAGCUGGAUGGUUAUGUUCGGCCUUCUCCUCGCUCUUUUCCCAACCACUUGUUUGCUUCUUUGGCUAUUGCACCAAAAGGGACUCUUUGAUCCAUGCUACGACUGGUGGGAAGAUCAUUUUGAUUUAGACCAUCAUAGGAGAUUAUUACCCACCAGAGAAACCGUCUCUAACCGCCAUCAUCAUCAUCACAAGCAUCAUCAUGGUGUCAAAACCCAUAAUCAUCAUCGUCGAACACACCAGAGACACAAACAUCAUCAUAGCCAAGACAACGACGUUAUGCAGAAGAUGAUGCUUGAACAUGACCACAGUGACUCUCACUACUACCACCAACUUCACCGUGUUCAUAAAGAUAGCAAGCAGAAGCAGCGUAGGCGAGCCAAGCACGGGAUUGUCUUGCCACGUAAUGUGCACGUGGAAAGACGGAGGAGACAAAGACUACAGAGAAAGAUGGCGAGUGGUAGUUCUGUCGAUGAUAUUAAUAACGAGUUUGAUCUGGAGAAAAUCCCAAUUGAAGAAGUUUUCAAGGAGUUGCAAUGCAGCAGAGAAGGUUUAUCUGGAGAAGAAGGAGAAAGAAGACUCAAUAUCUUUGGACCAAACAAAUUCAUAGAGAAGAAGGAACACAUAACGCUCAGGUUCUUCAGUUUAAUGUUUAAGCCUUUAUCUUGGGUCAUAGUAGCAGCUGCGUUCACAGCUAUUGUGUUGGCUAACGGCGAAGGAAGACCACCGGGUUGGCCAGUAUUUAUCGGUAUUGUAUGUCUUUUGAUAGUCAACACAAUACUCUGCUAUCUCGAAGAAGACAAUGCCGGAAGUGCUGUUGCUGUUGUUAUGGCUGGUCUUUCUCCCAAAACAAAGGUUUUGAGAGAUGGAAAAUGGUCAGAGCAAGAAGCUUCAAUUCUUGUUCCUGGAGAUAUUGUGAGCAUCAAGCUUGGUGAUAUCAUUCCUUGUGAUGCACGUCUUCUCGAAGGUGAUGCUUUAAAAGUUGAUGAAUCUGCUCUUACCGGAGAAUACCUUCCCAUCACAAAAUUUCCAGGAGAAGAAGUUUUUUCCGGUUCUACCUGCAAGCAAGGUGAGAUUGAAGCGGUUGUGAUCGCCACUGGAGUCCACACACUUUUCAGUAAAGCGGCGCAUCUUGUUGACAGUAGAACAAAUCAAGUUGGAGAUUUCAAGAAAUUUGUAAUCGCAUUAGGAAACUUAUGCACAAUCUCCAUAGCCAUCGGUAUAUCGAUUGAGCUCAUUGUGAUGUACUCCAUCCAGCGCAGAAACUACAGAGAUGGAAUCGACAAUGUUUUGGUUCUUUUGAUUGGUGGGAUCCCCCUUGCAAUGCCUACUGUUCUAUCUGUGACAAUGGCUAUUGGUUCCCUUAGGUUGUAUCAACAAGGAGCUAUAAUGAAACGAAUAACCGCCAUUGAAAAGAUGGCCGGUAUGGAUGUUCUGUGCAGCGAUAAAACCGGGACUCUGACUCUCAACAAGCUUAGUGUUGACAAGAAUCUGAUUGAGGUUUAUGCUAAAGGCGUUGAGAAGGAAGAAGUUUUGCUUUUAGCUGCGAGAGCUUCAAGAACAGAGAAUCAAGAUGCUAUUGAUACUGCUAUGGUUGGAUCUCUUGCUGAUCCAAAAGAGGUAAAAGCUGGAAUUAGAGAAGUUCACUUCUGUCAAUUCAAUCCAGUUGAUAAGCGAACCGCUUUAACUUAUAUCGAUGCUAACGGAAACUGGCAUCGAGUAAGCAAAGGAGCUCCAGAGAAGGUUCUUGAUCUUUGCAACGCAAGAGCUGAUCUGAGGAAGAGUGUCCACUCUGCAAUCGAAAAGUACGCUGAGUGUGGACUCAGGUCAUUAGCUGUUGCAAGACAGAAUGUACCUGAGAAAACAAAAGAAAGCUCUGGUGAUCCAUGGGAAUUUGUUGGUGUAUUGCCAUUGUUUGAUCCUCCAAGACAUGAUAGUGCAGAAACCAUUAAAAGAGCUUUAGACCUCGGUGUCAACGUGAAGAUGAUUACCGGUGAUCAACUUGAUAUUGCGAAAGAGACGGGACGUAGACUUGGUAUGGGAACAAACAUGUACCCAAUCACAUCAUUGCUCGGUAACCACAAAGACGAUAUCAUCUCUUACCGUCCUGUUGAUGAGUUGAUUGACGAAGCUGAUGGCUUUGCUUGUGUCUUCCCAGAGCCCAAAUACGAUAUUGUGAGUAAGUUGCAAGAGAGGCAUAUUUGUGGUAUGAUUGGUGAUGGAGUGGAUGACACUCCUGCAUUAAAGAAAGCGGAUAUUGGUAUCGCUUUUGCGGAUGCUACUGAAGCUGCACGGGCCGCUUCUGAUAUCAUUCUGACUGAGCCUGGACUCAGUGUUAUCAUUAACGCGGUUCUAACUAGUCGAGCCACUUUGCAACAAAUGAAAAACUACACAAUUUAUGCAGUCUCAAUAACCAUCCGUGUUGUGUUCGGAUUUACGUUCAUCGCUUUAAUAUGGAAGUUCGACUUUUCACCAUUCAUGGUUUUGGCGAUUGCAUUCUUAAACGAUGGAGCCAUCAUGACUAUCACAAAGGACAGAGUCACCAAUCCUUCUCCUACACCAGUUAGGUUGAAACUCAAAGAGAUCUUCGCAACCGGCGUUGUUUUUGGAAGCUACAUGGCUUUAAUAACUGUUGUGUUCUUUUGGGCUGCAUAUAGAACCGAUUUCUUCGCGAGAACGUUCCACGUGAAAGACUUGAGAGGCAAUGAAAAAGAGAUGAUGUCUGCUUUAUACUUACAAGUGAGUAUUAUGAGCCAAGCUCUUUUCUUCGUCAUUCGAUCGAGAAGCUGGUUUUUUGUCGAACGGCCUGGAGUGUUCUUGCUUCACUCUUUCAUGUUAUCACAAUGUCUUGCAACAAUAAUCGCGGCUUCCACAAGUUGGGAAACUGCGAGAAUCGAAGGAAUAGGAUGGGGUUGGGCUGGAGUGAUUUGGCUCUACAACAUCAUCUUCUUUUUUCCAUUAGAUAUAUUGAAAUUCGCAAUCCGUUACAUACUAACAGGAAAAGAUUGGAAAUAUCUCAUUGACAACAAGGAAUCAAUCGACACUUUCAUCAGCAUCACCGGCGCUUCUGACACCGUCGCUCUUCAGAAACUCGAGGAACAUCGUGGUGAUCUUAAUCAAGCGGUGAAUGCAUAUUUCAGCGAAGGAGAUCGAAAUGUAGUACGUGAAGCGCCGAUUAAUGCUUCUUAUGAUGAUGAUGAAAUGGAUAUAGAUGAUGUGAUUCCGGCUCCACAAUCUCCUCUAUCUAUGUUCAAUGCAGCUAGAACAAUGGGCCGUCCUUUUUCACUUUUGGAUUCGGACUUUGCUAGACGUGUAUUUGAUAGCGAUCCUCUUAUGUCGCGCCCUCCGUUUGUUAGUUAUCCCAGGGAGGUUAGGCAGAUACCAAUAGAGGUUAAGGAUAGCAGUGGGCCAUCUGGACGAUCUAGUGAUGCUCCUACUAUUGAGGAUGUGACAGAAACAGCUCAUGUUCAGGGUCCAGCAGCUACCCAAGGAACUGUUAUUAUAGAUGAAGAGAGUGAUGAUGAUAUUCCUUUUGCACCAAUGGGACGAAGUAGGCAAGACAGACCUGCUGGUUCUGAAGCCAAUAAUAAUCAAGAUUACAAUGAUAUUGAAGAAGAAAUGAUCAGAGCUGCCAUUGAGGCCUCAAAGAAGGAGGCUGAGGGAUCAAGUAACCCUUUACUUGGAGAGAGGCCACCUCACAUGGAAGAUGAUGAUGAUAUAGCAAAAGCUGUUACGAUGUCACUGAAGUCAGCGGAGGAAGAAGUUUUGCGCAGUCAAGGGUAUAAGGCCUCAACCUCAGAAAUAGGAGCUUCUGAAGUGACUGCUGCUCAAGGACCUCUGGAUCCCCAAGCCCUGAACGGAAGAUUGGCGGCACCUAGCUCACCAUUUGAUGAUGACUCUGAUGAUGUUGAUGUGCAACCUCUUGUUAGACACAGGCCAAGACGUGCAGCAUCCGGAUCGUUGGCUCCACCUAACGCUGAUCGUUCCCGGAGUGGGAGUCCUGAAGAAGAACAUGCAAGUAUUAAUCCAGCGGAGCGUGGCAGUGGGUUUCCUUCUGAGUGGGGAGGCAUUUCAUCUGAGGAACAUGAUGAAGCUGUCAUGCUUGAGGCAGCCAUGUUUGGUGGCAUUCCUGAAACUGGAUAUAAUCAUCUUCCAUUCUUACCUCCUCAGCCAAGGGCACAACCACGUCCACCCUCACCUUCACUGACAGCUCAGAGGUUGAUACGGGAACAGCAGGAUGAUGAGUAUGUUGCAUCCCUGCAAGCUGACCGAGAUAAAGAAAUGAAAUCCAUAAGAGAUGCUGAGGCACGUCAGAUAGAGGAAGAAACUGCUAGAAAGGCUUUUCUGGAGGAAGAAAAGAAAAAAGAGGAAGAAGCUCAAAAAAAACUCGAGGAGGAACAGGAGCUAGAGAGGCAACUAGGUGCAAAAGAAGCGUCUUUACCUAAGGAGCCUCAAGCAGACGAAGAGAAUGCCAUUACCCUUCUAAUCCGGAUGCCAGAUGGCACACGCCGUGGCCGCCGGUUCCUUAGAUCUGACAAACUCCAAUCCCUUUUCAACUUUAUAGACAUUGCCAGAGUGGUGAAACCCAACACUUACAGACUGGUGAGGCCAUAUCCGAGGCAUGCGUUUGGAGAUGGGGAAAGUGAGUCGACCUUAAACGAUCUUGGAUUGACCAGCAAACAAGAAGCAUUAUUCCUUGAGCUUAUCUGAGUAAGUUUAAGCUCUUAAAUAUAAGACUUAUACAUUUGUCUUCUGCUUAGAAACUCUUUAAUUUUCAAGUUAUUUUUAUCUUUCUUUAUACAAAAGAAAAGUAUUUUGUUGGGGGUGGAGGAUUAUAGUUUAUAAAACCGUCGUCGUUUAGUCGUUUCAGUUGUACAUACAAUACUGCCUUUGGUCUGUCUCUCUUAUCUUUGUCUAGUUAUAAUGUUAAUCAAAAUCUUCAAAUUUA